AUGACUUUCAUUAAUGUGCUUGCUAUCAUUGAUCAAUUAAUGACUCAGUCAGCGGAAUAUUUAUCAAAAACAUAUGGAGUUAGAGCAAAAGCUUAUAAGGCAGACAUUAGUGAUGCAGAUGAUGUUAAAAGAGUAGUAGCAGAAAUUAGAAAAGAUUUUGGAAAAAUUGAUAUUUUUGUUGCAAAUGCAGGAAUUCCAUGGACUUUUGGACCAUUAAUUGAUGAACCAGAUUUAACAAAAUGGAAAAAAAUUAUAGAUACUGACUUAAAUUCUGUUUUUUAUUGUGCUCAUGCUAUUGGUCCACAUUUUAGAGAUCAAGGGUUUGGAGUAUUAAUUAAUACUGCUUCAAUGUCAGGUACUAUUGUAAAUGUUCCUCAAGCUCAAGCCGCUUAUAAUGCUGCAAAAGCUGCUGUCAAACAUUUAACUAAAUCAUUAGCCGUUGAAUGGGCUCCGUUUGCUAGGGUUAACAGCGUUUCGCCUGGCUAUAUUGCAACCCACUUGACUGAAUUUGCUGAUAAAGAUUUACAAAAAAUAUGGGUUCAGUUAACACCACUAGGUAGGGAGGCGAACCCUAGGGAACUUGUGGGGAGCUACGUUUAUCUCGCGUCAGAUGCAGCUUCUUAUACUACAGCAGCAGAUAUUGCAGUAGAUGGUGGAUAUACAGCUAUUUAA